AUUUUUUACAAGGUUUCGACUUUUGGUACCUAGUUUAAGGGAAAACGGAAUAGGAUUCUUGUAGACGAAGGCAGUAUCCACGCACAGGAGAAUCGACGUCUUCUUGUUCUGGAUUCGUCUUCGUAACCUCGAAUUUCCGCUGCGUGGUUGGUUCCCUAGAAUUCCUGGGCAAAAUUCAGAGUAUUCAAUCUGGAAAUCUGAACCUCGAAUUGUUUAGAAUGCACCAUGCAGAGAUUAAGGGGCUCAGGAACUUCGAUUAUUGACUCGAUUGCAGUUCCUAGGUUGAAGAAGAAGGCUGUGAAUUCAUGGACUGCGGUUCAGGAUACCUUCUUUUCCACCAAGGAUAUAUUUGAAAGGCACAGGGUGGUUUUUACGGUAGGGACUUCUAUUGCAUCGGUCGCUACUGCCUGGAUUGGGUACAGUUUACGCCACUACCAUGAUGUCCAAGUUGAUAGAAGGCUUGAAUCUAUCGAAGAAGUUAUGAGAAAAAAGCACCAACUCGAGCAUUCUCAACUUACAGAGGUUGUUAAUCCAGGAAAUUUCAGUGCUCCUGCUUGCAUUGCAACUGCUGGAACUUCUUUAAUUGUUGGAUAUGGCUUGGGAUGGCGAGGUGGAAGACGGUAUGCGAACAGGCAAUUUAGAAGAGAGCAGAUGAAGUUGUUGGGGGAGAUGAAACCUAGAUGGCAACUGCUGACGAGGGUGAUAACGAACGAUGGGUUCAUUCUCAGCAUGCAGAGGAUUCCAUCAGGGCGGACGAGCUCAGCCAAUGGGCCACCAGUUCUGCUACAGCACGGGCUUCUAAUGGAUGCGGUUACAUGGCUGAUGCUUCCUCCAGAAAGUUCUUUGGCCUUCAUUUUGGCAGAUAAAGGGUUUGAUGUGUGGCUUGCGAACACCCGUGGAACAAAAUUUAGCCAAGGACACACAUCACUCGGCCCUGAUGAUCCUAGUUUCUGGGACUGGUCAUGGGAUGAACUGGUAGCUCUUGAUCUACCUGCCACUCUCCAGUAUGUUCAUAACCAUACUGGGCAGAAGAUGCACUAUGUUGGACAUUCAUUGGGAACACUAAUUGCUCUUGCUGCAUUUUCCAAACACCAAUUGCUAAACAUGUUGAGGUCAGCUGCUUUGAUUAGCCCAAUUGCCCAUUUGGGUAAAAUAACCUCGCCAAUUGCGAUAAAUGCUGCAGAUAACUUUCUUGGUGAGGUUUUGUUCUGGUUGGGUGUCAAAGAGUUUGAUCCCAGAGGGAAGGCUGCAGUCCAACUUCUUGUGGAUGUUUGUGCAAAACCAGGUGUUGAUUGCAUCAACUUGUUGACCUCUUUCACAGGCCAGAACUGCUGCCUCAAUCCCUCUGUUACACAAAUCUUCCUAACCCAUGAGCCUCAGCCAACAGCAACAAGGAACAUGAUUCAUCUGGCUCAGAUGAUCAGAAGCGGAACCAUAGCAAUGUAUGAUUAUGUUGACGUGAUUGAAAACAUGAAACACUACGGGCAACCAACUCCUCCAGAGUACAAUAUGACGAGCAUUCCAAAUGACUUCCCUCUCUUUCUUAGCUAUGGAGGGGCUGAUGCCCUGUCUGAUGUCAAUGAUGUGCAGCUCUUGUUGAAUAGCCUCAAAGACCAUGAUGGAGAUAAGCUUGUAGUUCAGUUUAGAGAAGAUUAUGCACAUGCUGAUUUUGUCAUGGGUGAAAACGCUAAGCAAGUUGUGUAUGAUCCCCUGAUGGCUUUCUUGAAGCUUCAGUGAAGAUAUUGAUGUUAUGUGAAUAUCAUGUCUAUAACUAAACAUCUAAGUGCAUUUAGUUGUCGGUGUCCACGAACAUGUAGAACAAGGCCUUGUAGGGAAUAUCACAAUGGUCAACAAAGCUUACGGGUGGUUUCUACCUUGUUUGUAACUUCAUGUGUAACUAUAUAAAGAAUGAUGCAAAAGGAAAAGAAACUCUUAUACCAAUAUUUUGUGAAUGGAUUUUUGCUGUUAGUAUUAGGUUC